AUGAUGGCUUUCUGGACCGGAACAUUCGGGGAGGAGCGUGGCAGGGCCUUGUCCUACGAGACGUUCAACUUGUACCAUGCCGACCAAUGGAUCCUGAAGCCGGCGACGGCUGGGCUGGCGGACACCAAGGAGGACCAGCAUCCUGCCUGGUUU